AUGGUCUGUCACUCGCAUUAUUUCUUACCAAGACCAGAGCAGCGUCUAGCCGGGAAUGGAUUAAUCGUCUUUGGAAUAUCCCUAGAGCUCGUUUUGGACACCGGGAUAGAAUACGAGGACCAAUCUUCUUCACUACAACCCACCCCAUCUCCUGCCACUGCUUCGACAACAGCCCUGCAAUCCUCGAGUGCGCAAGGCUCAGUACCGACCCCAAGACCUGUCUCGGCCGCAGGAAAACUACAGACACCUCCCCAUAUCCCACCCUUGCUGAGCAAUAACAUCGCCCAUACCCGGGAUGCUGCACCAUCAUCUUUGGAAGUCCCGUCCAUAGCCGGACAGGCUGGACAGACUCAAUCUGUAGUUUGGCAUGGUAUUCUCCCCCUGCCUGGAUCCAUACCUUCUAUUACAGUCAAUGGACCCCCGUGUCCUCCUAGGAUAGCCCAACAACCAGGUGGAUUAAACACCAAUACUUUAAAUCAGGCCGUGACAAGCACCGGCCCUCCGAUUGCACCCCCUACUGUUAAUCAAGCCCAUUCCUUAUGGAAGCAAGCUUUUGAUAAGCUAUCGGAAAGCGAGGCAAAGUUCAAGAACAUCGGCGAUGUCGUGGUUUCUUACGACCCGUCGCACGCGGCAUUACCUUGGGCCGGGAUACGACUUGUACUGCAGAUUGCCCUUAAUGAUCGUGAAGCGAUGGGUGUCGUUAUGGUCGGCCUGGAGAGAAUUGCAGGAUUGUUAUCAUCACCGGCCGGGAAAUUUGGAAGAAUCAUUGGUCGAGCUCUAUUAUUCUGUACUUCAGUUCCUUGCUUGCGCAAAACAACAGCUCGGGAGAUCUACGACUUCGACAUGGAAGGAGGGAAAUCGCUGUUUGAGACGAUGGAGGAGAGAGAAAGGCUCUUGGAUAUGGAGCUUAGAACUGCUGAUAGAGAGAUCCAGAUGCACGAAUAUGGUGUAGUUGAAGGCCAGCACAAUGAGAUGAUGGCGUUUUUGAAAAGGCUAGGAGCCCCCAUUUCAAGGAUCGAUCUUGGCCUAGCAUCCAUGUACAACGAGAUUGAAGGAUUCAAUAAAAGGCAGGAGAGAUUGAAGAUAUUGCAGUGGGUCUGCGAUGCUAGAUAUAUUGAACAUCACAAUCAGGCCAAAAAAGGCCUUUUGGAUCGGACUGGACAAUGGCUAAUCGAUAGGCCGGAGUUUCGGAAUUGGCAAAACUCCAGCGCCUCGGGUAUUCUGUGGCUUCGGGGCAUGCCGGGUGCAGUGAAGACGAAACUCACGUGCAUGGUUAUAGACCAUUUGACGUCAUUAUGUCAUAAAUACGAGCCUGUGGUAUAUUUCUACUGUAAUCGUAACGAGUCCCAACGCCGGACGCCAGAGGUUGUAAUGCGUGCCAUUGUUAAGCAACUCUCUGUUGUGCUUCCUGGAGAUGACCAACUACCAGAAGUGGUCGUCCAAGAAUAUAAGGGUCGGGAGAAAGAAGGGCUAGCAGACGGUGCUCUGAGACUGUCGGAAUGUGAAAAGCUGAUUGUGUCGCUCCUCGAUAUACACCCACAAACAACCAUCAUAAUCGACGCUUUAGAUGAGGUUUAUCAAGACAAGCGUUGGACAUUAAUAUCCUCCUUGCAGAAGCUCAUAGUGCAAUCGCCUAGCUUGGUAAAGGUGUUUGUUUCGAGUAGAGACAACCUUGAAAUCAGGUUGAAGCUUGAGGAUGUACCAAAUAUGUAUAUUGAAGCGACGGACAACCGUGGAGAUAAUACCCGCUACGUCAUGAGGGAGCUGGAAAGUGCAACCGAAAAUCGACUGUUACUUACUGGUGAAGCCCCAGAAAAACUGAAAGCACUUAGUGUUGAGACCAGUGAACGUCACGCCAAUGAAAUGUUCCAAUGGGGCUACCUACAGAUCAAACAACUGUAUCAUUUCAGGUCUGAGGGCGACAUCAUUGAGAGAUUGGGGAAAACUCCAAGGACUCUGGAGGGGACAUAUUCUCAAAUCUGGGAAGAAAUCAGAAGCGAAGAAAAUAAGAAAAUGCAAGAGGUCACAAAGAGAGCGUUGAUUAUUUGUCAUUGGCGUAUGAUUCACUCAUGA